CUCCCUCCGUCCCUCCACACUUCAUCCAUCCGCUCCUUGUUGUCGCUCCUGCGGGGAUGGAGCUGCCGAGUCACCGCUACCGGCGCCGCUGAGCCCGCGACGGAGCACCGCAGCCCGGGCACCGCACCGGGGAGGAGGGCGGAGAAGAAAGAGAACCGGAGGAUACCGGAGGAAACGAAAGAGAGAGAGAAAGAGAGAGGGGGAUAAAGAAAGAAAGGAUGGAAACGGUCGAGCAGCUCGUCUCCUUCCACCACAUUCAGGUCCAGUUGAGCGGGGGCGCGCCGUGGGGGUUCACGCUGAAAGGAGGACUGGAGCACGGGGAGCCGCUCAUCAUCACCAAAAUCGAGGACGGAGGGAAGGCGGCGCACUGCGGGACGCUGAAGGUCGGGGACGAGCUCAUCAACAUCAACGGCUCGGCGCUGUACGGCAGCCGACAGGAGGCGCUCAUCCUCAUCAAGGGCUCCUACAGGAUCCUGAAGCUCACCGUCAGGAGGCGCAACGUUCCUCUGCUCAGGCCUCACUCCUGGCACCUGGCGAAGCUGUCGGAGCUGCCCCUCCCUCCCCCUCCCCCGUCUCCUCCUCCUCCACCUCCUCCACCUCCUGCUCCGGCCUGCCUCCCCCCCGCCGACUCCCCUCCUCUCCCCCCGCCGCCGCCGCCUCCGUCUGCCAUGCAGCUCCACCCCGGCCCCUACACAUUACCCUGGCACACAACUGACAACAGUGACUUGUCCAUGCAGUGGGGUCAGCUCUCCAGACCUUACUCCUCCACCGACAGAAGCAGUUCCCUGGGCUCCAUGGAGAGCCUGGACACGCCGACGCCCACCGCACAGCCGUACUCCGACUCCCACAACUCCCCCGUGGACCCGACCCUCUUCAACAACAAGAGGGACUCUGCCUACAGCUCCUUCUCCGCCAGCUCCAACACAUCCGACUACGCAGCUGUGCCGCUGAAGCCCGGUGAAACCUGCUCCAUGGAUAACCUCCUCCAGGGCCUGGGGCCGGCGUGCGGAGACUACCCUGCCGGUGAUGCCCCGACCCUGGGGAGGUCGUCCACCGAGGCCCCGGACGAGGCCCAGCUGAUUGCACACAAAUCCAGGUCCCUCACCAGGCCGAGACGGAGGCCUGUGGAGGUGAAGGAGAGGCCUUCGUCCUGCUGCUACGAGGUCGAGAGGAGGGGAGGGAACUUUGAGACCUUGAGAAAUGGAGAAGGAGGCGCGGAGGAGAGGAAGACGAGUCCUCCUCAGCCUCCGACCAGGACGGACAGCUUCAGAGCAACAAGGAGUCACAGUAAUGCUGCCAACAAGCGCUGUGCCUCCGCUCCCAUUGAGGUGUCCAGUCUGACCUCUUACUUUGAGGAAAACCAGUCGUCUCUGAACGGCUUCGUCUCGGCCCCAGAGGAAAGUGACAAAACUGGACGUUUCAGAGAGGAAACCUCAGACUCACACUACACACAGAGACCGACAAGAGACGUGACACACACUAGAUGUGACACUAGUGCUAACAAACACUGUAGUUUAGACGCCACCUCAGAUCAUCUUUCUGACCAAGUGACGCCCUCCCCUGUCCCCGUCCCCUCGUCUCCUCCGGGCUCCUCACCCGCCCAACCCUCAAAGGAGGUUGAGGGGCAGUCGGACACCAAGCUCUCCUCUGAGGAGCUUCACCGGCACAGCGCCCCAGAGAAGCUCCUCGCCUCACAACUCCAGUUACUGCAGUUUAACAGUGACAGCUCGUCAAUGGAGCCCAACUCCUCACACCAACCUGCAAAGGAAGAGCAGGACGCUGCUGAUAACCACCUCCACGCCCCGGCUACCAAAUGGGACGGCAGCCGCUGUUCCACCCCCGGAUCUGUGUUCCUGGAAGGGGAGGGUGAUGAGUCAUGUGACAGACUCGACGGGGUGUGUGUAAAUGGCGGACCCCCCUCCUCGGUUCAGCAUCAUCACCCCUGGGGCCGCUCGGUGAGCGUACCAGUAGACCCCAGUGGAACCCAGGGGAAACUGAGCUCGGACCAGAUACUUGAAAGUGACUUUGAGCCUCUCAGUGCUGCUGCCAGUGUGGACACUUUACUGGAGGAGCAGAGAGCGGAGGACAGAGGAAUGAGUGGAGGAAAGAAGGAGGAGAACGUGGAAGGAGAGGCAACGAUGAAGAAGUUAACCCCGUCGAGGAACCAUCGACGGAACCGCCGGCGCAACGAGCGAUUUGCUACCAACCUCCGCAACGAGAUCCAGAGGAAGAAGGCCCAGCUGCAGAGGAGCUGUGGCCCGGGGGGGUUGCUCUGCAGUGGGGAGACUGUCCCGGAGGAGGAGGGUCCCGACCUCCAUGACGAACAGGAGGACCCAGAUGUGCCUUCCCAGGAGAGGAGAACCAAAGUUGCUUUUGCUUCACCUGUGAUGCACGAAGACGUCAGGACAACAACAGCAGCUGAGAAACCAAACACUUCAAAUGAAUCAACCCAUGACGCCUUGACUCAGCCUCCGUCAACAACCUACACCCAGAGCAUCACCUCCAGGUCUGUCCAGGUUCUGGACCCAGUCCUGCCCAGUUUUGGUGUCGGCAUUCGAGUUGUAGAAGAACCAGCUCCUGCCGGGAAAGCCCGCCGCUGGCGUUGGACCCCUGAGAAUAAACUCCAACCAGAACCAGAGCAGGACCGAAGGUGCAGGGUCCCGGAUGAGAGGGUAUCAGGGGUCACAGGAUCACGACAUGGGGUUUGUACCUACACUUCCUCCUCCGCCUCCUCCACCACCUCCUCCCACAGCCGCACCUCUUCAUGUUCUCGGAUGGAGGACACCGACAUCCUUCCAUUUGCAGAUAGAAUGAAGUUUUUCGAGGAGACGAGUAAAAGCAUAUCUGGGUCAAAUGUUCCAAAUCUGUCGAGUCGUCGGCAGAAGAAACCCACGAACCACCCUGAGCACCAGGGAGGGGAGCUCGGCCUGCACCCAACCCAAAGGAGAUACUCCUACCAGGGGGCGCUUCCUCAGGACAGCUCCCUGCUUUCAGACACUAUGGAGAGCAGGAGGCAGUCGGUGAGCACCAGCAGGGAGAGGCAGCGAGAGAAGGAGAUGGAACGGGAGAGGGAGAGGGAGGAGAGGGCAAGGGAACGAGAGAGGGAAGAGAGGUUGAGAGAAAGGCAGCGGGAGGACAGAUUGAGAGAAAGGGAGCGGCAGCAGGAGAAGGAGAGACAAGAGAGGGAGCUGGAACUGGAGAAAGCCCGGCAGAGGGGGAUUCAGCGGGAGAGGGAUCGAGAGGAGAGGAUGAGACAGUGGGAAAGGGAAAGAGAGAGAGAGCUAGAGCUGGAGAGAGAGAAAGAGAUGGAGAGACUCCAGAGAGAAAGAGAGGAAGAGCUCCAGAGAGACAGAGAGAGGGAGGAAGCUGCUCAGCUCAGCGUACGUCAGGAGUUUCGUGGCAAAGAAAAUCACCAGGACUUCCAGCACAACUUCCAGCUCCAGCCUCGUGCGUUCUCCCAGAGCCAGAGUCCAGCCCCGCGGUCGGCCUUCCAUCCCGUCUGCCCCCCCUCCCAGUCCUUUGAGAACCAGCAGCCUCUGCAGCAGGGACACACGUCCAGGAGCUACACACCCACAGAGACGCAUCCUGCCCGGAAGCAGGACACGACCGCGCUCAACAGGAAGUACAGCCUGACCGAGAGGGACUACCCCGGCUGGAGACGAGAGUCCAGACCCCCGGAGAGCGUCCCCCAGCCCCAGCAGCUCCACCACGGCCCAUGUGGCCCCGGAGACGUCGACAGCAGCAGCGGAUUCUCAUUCCCUCCCCCGCCGGCUCCUCUCGGGCUGCGAGGACGAGCCAUGUCCGAGAACGACCUCCGCUUCGACAGCAGUCACCGCUGGUCCCCGUCCAUCUGUGUGGGGACCAAUCAGACGCUGAGCGAGGUGGAGGAAGGAGCAGGGGGGGAAGCGGCGAGCACCUUCAGUCCGAACAGGAAGAAGACUCCGCCUCCGCCGAGGCCGCCGCCGCCGAAGUGGGAGCAGUUCCACCGGAGGCGUGCGUCUCACCACACCCUCUUCUCCUCCACCGCUCCUCUCUGCGUCCCUCCCUCCAUCAACACAGCAGAGGGACACUGUGCGUCUUACCUCCCCCCUCCGGAGACGUCCAGGCAGAGGUCCUACAGUCUCCCCCCCGAGAGGAAGGAGGUGACGGAGGUCUGUCCCCACUGCAGCUGCAACCAAACCCAAACCCAGGAGCACACCUUCCCCCACGCCCCGUCCAAUCAGCAUCAGGCUCCGUUCCAGGACCGGUCCUUUACCGUGACUCCGCCCAGUCCCAUGUUUUCCAGACGGGCGUUCAGACCGGUGGCCCCGCCCCAGAGAGAGAGGGAGGGCAACCUGCAGAGCUCGUACGGCGAGGAGGAAGAGGAGGAAGAGGAGGAGGUGGUAUCGUCUUUACCUUCACCACCGACGGACACGAGCAGGUCGUCUGAGGUUCACGACCACGAGAGGACGACAGCGAAGCAGCAGCACAACGUGAGACCAGGAGCCGAGUGGGAGCGACCCCCUUCUCCCAGAGCUCCCAGUGGAGUUCCUCCUCCUGAAUCCUACUUUGCCAUCGACUACGAGCGGCAGCAGCAGCAGGAGCAGCUCCGUGUGACCAGAGGCCUCCAGGCUGAGGAGCAGCAGAAGAUCCCAGAGCCGGGAACCGAGUCAGAGACGACCCUGAGCCCGAGUCCUGCUCACAGCCUGGAGGCCGACCUGGACCUCCCGAUGGAAACGGACAUCGAUGAUUUCCAGGAGGAGGAGCUUCCAGGAGAGUUGGAACCAAUCACCAGCGAGCUGCCGUGCUUCGCGCUGCCGGUGACGGUGCUGGAGACGGACAUCGACACGUACCCGGACUCUGAGGCCUCGCCGCCGGGCAGGACGAGGGCGGAGAGCAGCUCUGUGGAGGAGGAGCUGGAGACCAGUGAGGGCAGCCGAGAGAGGCUGAGCCUGGAGGAGCUGUUCCCCCAAAACAGUGAGGGCGAGUCGGGCACGGAGAGCUGGAGGGGGGCCUACCAGAGCCCGGAGCACAACACCGACAGCUUGGACAGGCGCUCCGGGGCGAGCUCCAGCUGUUCGUCCUAUUACAGCACGUCGGCCGCCAAAGCUCAGCUCCUGUCUCAGAUGAAGGACUUCACCGACCACCGGGAGAGAGACGAGGACGACGAGCUGAGCUACAAGAAGCAGCUGAUGGAGAGUCUGCGUAAGAAGCUGGGCGUGCUGAGAGAAGCUCAGAGGGGUCUGCAGGACGACAUCAGAGCCAACACCCAGCUGGGAGAGGAGGUGGAGAACAUGGUGGUGUCGGUGUGCAAGCCCAACGAGGUGGACAAGUUCCGCAUGUUCAUCGGGGACCUGGACAAGGUGGUGAGUCUGCUGCUGUCGCUGUCCGGGAGGCUGCUGAGGGUGGAGACCACGCUGGACACGCUGGACCCGGAGACGGAGCAGAACGACCGGUUCCCUCUGCUGGAGAAGAAGCGUCAGCUCAUGCGGCAGCUGUCGGAGGCCCAGGACCUGAAGGACCAUGUGGACCGCAGAGAGCAGGCUGUGAGCCGGGUGCUGGCUCGCUGCCUGCUGCCCGACCAGCACCGAGACUACAGUCACUUUGUGAAGAUGAAGGCUGCUCUGCUGGUGGAGCAGAGGCAGCUGGAGGACAAGAUCCGGCUGGGAGAGGAGCAGCUGAGGGGGCUGAGGGAGAGUCUGGGACUGGGACUGGGUCUGGGACUGGGACUGGGAAUGUCGAUGGGAUACGGACAUUACUGAAGAUGCUUUAACUCCGGAUCGGUUUGAAGACGAGGGAGGAAGGAGCUGGAGACAGAGUCGAGUUUAACAUUAAAAGAAGUCAACGUUCUGUUUAAUGUGUUCAUUUGGUUCAUGGCUGAGUUCUGAGAUGAGAAGAUCUCAAACCUCUGUUCGUUUUGAAGCUGCAGCUAAUGAGCUUAGCGUAAAGCAAGGAACCCAUAUGGUAGCGUGGCCCAGUCCAACCUAAGGACUGGGUUUGAAGAUGGACGAGAGGACGGCUGCCGACAUCGAACAACAGAACCGAACCACAGCUCAUCUCUGGGAUCUGAGAUCAGAGGAGGUCGUGAAGAACCUUGUUUUCCUCCCGUUCAGAGACUGGAACCUUCUCAUCCUGAGGUUCUCUGAGGCUGGAGCACGUCCUGUAACUCUCCUCCACUCCCAACUCAUCACACUAUGUUGCCAAAGACAUUUCCCCUCGGUGCUGCUUAUUGUUUCUUCUUCUCUUGUUUAUUUAAGUUUCAGAGAACUCGGUGCUUCGGAACCAAGAAACAACAAAACUCUGGAAAAUGUCCGGACUCGCUUUUUUUGCCCAAACAUUUUCCAGAUUCAUUUCUGAAAUCGCAAACGACACUAAAGUCACGCUGGUGACGUCCAGUCUGCAGCUUCAUUAACCGUCACUGGGACGUUAGCUAAACGUAGAAACACGUUUACCGUAUAAUCCGGCAACGUAUCAUAUUCUUCGUAAACGUCCGCGGCUGUGACUCGUUUCACUUUGUGGAGUUUGAGACUCCACCCACUGUUGUUGUGUACAGAAGACACUUGUGUUCAUAUCGUAUACCUUGUGUAUAUAAUGCUUUGAUUUGUUUUUUUAUGACUGGAAUUGUUUGUAAAAGAAAUGAAAAGAUCGGAGAGUAAAGGAAGUUUCCUGUGUUUUGAUCAGAUUGAA